AUGGCUCAAUCUGGUGCUGCUGGUCUGCUUAGGCGCCAGCUCAAGGAGAUGCAAACAGCGAAGGACCUCCCAGGAAUUUCCUGUGGAUUAGUGAACAGCAAUGUCUUCGAGUGGGAGGUGAUGCUUAUGAUAUCUGAUGACUGCAAAUACUAUGGAGGAGGCAAUUUCCGGUGCCAUCUUACCUUCCCCAAGGAAUACCCGCUCCUCCCACCCGCCCUUACUUUCAAGACACCAAUUCCCUUCCACCCAAAUAUCUACGAAGACGGCCGGCUCUGCAUAUCGAUCCUACACCCACCGGAGGACGACCAAUAUGGGUAUGAGAGUGCAGCGGAGAGAUGGUCGCCUGUGCAGACGCCCGAGACGAUAUUGCUGAGUGUGAUCAGUCUACUGCAUAGCCCGAAUGAUGAGAGUCCGGCGAAUGUGGAGGCGGCGAGAUUGUGGCGGGAAGAGAAGACUGGCAAUAAGGAGUUCAAGAGACGUUGCCGGAGAGGCGUGAGAGACAGUCUUGGAGAGGACUAG